AGGGCUCCUCCACUCUCCCAACCUCCCGCGUCUCCCUCGAGUUUGGUCAACACGCCAUUCCCUACCGCUGGCUCUCGUUCAAUCUGCCAGCGACGCCAAUCUACAGGGGAAUAGCACCUUCCGGUCUCUUUGACGUCAAUUCACGGUACAAAACAGAGUUUUCGGUCUCUAUUGCUGCCCGCUACAAUGUCAAUCUUUGCUUGGUGCAGUCGGCGCGCCGGAGGGCUGGCUAUGCUGGCCACGGUAGCGCUCUCAUACUGGGUUAUCUCGAGUGAAUUGGAAGCGCAAAGACAUAGUUUCAAGUAUCAGUCCAGCGACGGACAAGGUGCCUCCGCUUACGACCCGCGGGGUCGCGGCAUCUGGGUCAAGCUCUUCUCCUACUAUUGCCUACUGAUUCACUUCCUGGUCUUCAUCUUCCCCCUUCGCUCCUGCUGGGCCGUCUUCACCAUCACGAGAAGCCUACGAAAAGCUGCGCGCAGCAGAGCUCUGAGGGACAUCAAGUUUGGCCACCGCCGCCGUGGCUCGUCAACGUCGCUGUCAAGUUCCGAGACGCUCACCUCAUCCAAAGAUCUGAGCUCCAGCUCGAGCAGCGAAGCCGGCGACCUGGACACCGAUGGAUUUGCCGAUGGCGACAUUGCUCCCGAUCGCGUCAUCCAUGCAAUUGUCAUUCCCAACUACAAGGAGGAAACCGACACAUUGAGGGAAACGCUUGAGGUCCUGGCGUCGCACCCUCAGGCCCGCAACACCUACGAUAUUUACCUUGCGAUGGAGCAGCGCGAACACAAUGCGGAGAUAAAGGCUACGCGACUCACGAACGAAUUCUCCAAGAAGUUUCGCUCAAUCAGCUUCACUGUGCACCCGUCUGACAUCCCCGGAGAACUGGCUGGGAAGGGUAGCAACAUGGCGUGGGCGGCAAGAAAGCUCAGCGAGAAAUACACGCUUGCGCAGCGAAAGGACGUGAUUGUCACGGGUAUUGAUGCCGAUAGCCAUCUCUCGACCAAUUAUUUCGCCUUGGUGACCACCAUGCAUAUGGCCUACCCCGAAACAGCCACUACGACGCUGUACUCGGCACCCAUUAUUUUCGAUCGCAAUGCCCACAAUGUGCCCGCAAUCGUUCGCGUUGCCGAUGUCUUGUGGUCCGCCGCCGGCAUGUCUGGGCUCUACAAGGGUUCGAGCAUCGCCCCCCCAACGUCUGUCUACUCUGUGCCCCUGGAGCUUGUCGAUCGCGUCGGCGGUUGGGAUUGCGAUUCCGAGGCAAUCGGCGAGGACUUGCACAUGUAUCUCAAGUGCUUCUUCGCUCUCAAUGGAAACCUAACCACACGCACCGUCUUGAGUCCAGUUAGCCAGAGCAACGUCACGGGCGGCGGACGCGGCAAGGGGAUCGCAGGCAUCAUUGCCGACGUGCGCGCGCGGUACAAACAGGCUCUUAGGCACAUGUGGGGCGCUCUGGAUACCGGCUAUGCGCUUCGCAAGGUUGUCGAGGUCUGGAAAGAGAGGAAGCACACGUCGAGGGCGUUCCGACCCCUCCACACGUCGCUAAAUGACGCAUCCGAUAACUACGUGCCUCAGUCUCAGAUUGACGGUGCAGAUCCCGAGGCUAUCCCCGAGAGCGGCAUCUUUUCCGACGUUGUGACCGACACGCUGAAAGAUCUCGACUACGAGCGCAUUGUCAUCCUGUUCCACCGCCUUUUCGAAGCCCACUUCCUGCCCGUCCAAAUGACCAUCCUCGUGAUCGCUUCGACCCUCUACAUCUGGGUUACUGAAGGCACUGCCGAUGUUUUCGGAGUGGCGUGGAUUUACGGUGUCUGCAAUGUCCUCCGGACUGCCGGAUUCAUGGAAGUCGCAUUGUACCUCUUCCUUUACGAAAGCUUCCACAGCAUAUGCGUUGAGUCGCGAGAGAAGGAAAUGGGUGACGCAGGACUCUUGAAGGGCAUGCACUUCUCGCGCAGAGAGGUCAAGACCAACUUCAUCGACUAUGUCAUGGUGCCCCUGGUUGCGCCCAUUUUCGGUGCGAUACCCUGCGCGCAGGCACAAAUAUGCCAUUUCUGGACGAUGGAUUUGGUAUACACAGUCAGCAAAAAGGUCACGCGCCGGCGAGCAAAGUCCGUGACAGCAGACGCUUUGGUAUAGAGGCGCGCAUUUUGUUGGCCCUUUUUGGCCGCUUAGAUUCUCAGCACCCUACUUUUAUGCGCCCUUUGCUUCUUUCUUGGGGACUCGCUGUCGCUCCCU